AUGCCGACUACAACCACACUUGCCGACGGCAAGGCGAGCAAGGACUUCGCUGAAGUCACCCCAUUUCAUCCUUCUUCUACUCUUCAGGAGACAACCGCAUCGCCAUCAUCACCUUCUCCUGCUCCCAACUCCUUCUACGACGGUCUCGACUUUGACCUUGACGGAGGGUCUCUCACUCAGUCCACAUCCUCGCCUUCACCUUCACCACCAUUGCCGUCAACAGCAACACGGCCAACAUCAGCAACAGUAACACCAGCCACAAUGGAGUCAGCCUCUGGAAUCUCGACCGACAGCAACGUGUCACCCUCGACCACCAACCGCUUUGGCGCCAAAAAGGCGCGCGCCAACCCUGGAUCGAACAUCAGUCGCAGAAUCACCAUGUUGGCGGCCGGCAAGAACGAGAACGGAAGCGACCUUCACACAACAGAUCAUACCAGGGCCCUUUUGAAUGGUGGCGAUAUCUCACCCGACGGCACCGAAUACCCAGACUCGUUCUUUGAAGAGAUCCUCCGAGAGGACCAUCAGGCAUCCCUCUCUCGCUCCUCCUCCACCAUCCCCAAGCCCACUCCUCGAUCGACCACCCUCACCUCCAAAACAUCUAUGCCACUUCGUCUCCCCUCAACAUUAAAAAACUCAACAGCAGGAGAGGAUGCAGAGCCCGCAUUUUUGCCAUCGGGUGAUAUUGAGGAGGACCUGAAACGGUUGCAGACCGAACUGGCCAAGACCAAGGACACAAAGUCCAAGGCUGAGGCUGAUGCCAAAACACAGCGUGUCACCGUCAUGUCCCUCAAGACCGAGGUCCAGCUUGUCCGCAACGUCCUCAAGCGCCGAGAGACCGAGCUUGGAGACGUCAAAGACAUGUCGACCGCAUAUGAGACUGAGCUCGCUGAACUUCGACGGAAACUUGAGCAGGCCGAGAGGCAGUUGAGCCGCGGGCAGGGAGAGAUGGAAGCCAAGGUCAGGUCCUUGGAGCGACUCAGAGAUGAGAGUAUUGCUCGUAUCCAGACAUUGGAUCAAGAGAUCAAGAAGCUUCGCGAUCAAUUGGCCGAGGCAGAAAAGUCCAACAACAAGGCCCAGGCCGAACUGGCCGGACUUCGCAGCGAUAUCGAGGAGCUGGCCCCAUACAGAGAUGCUGCCCUCGAGCAACGAGAGUUCAAGGCACAAGAGCCCGUUAAGAUCAAGGAGCUUAGCGAACAUAUUACUCAAUUGGAGGACACCCGUGAUGCCCAGGCCGUCAUGAUCGAGGAGCUCGAGACCAAGAUCACAACUGUCGAGGCUGAGGCAUUGGAGUUCAAGGGCAAGGCUGAGUUGGAGUACGAGCAGUUGUCGGAUGGAUUCAAGGUGCUGAAGACUCGCCGUUCUGAGGAGAUCAAGGUCUUGAAGGCAGAGCUGGAGCAGCACAAGUUGCAGGAGCAGAUCAUCGAAAAGUUGCAGGGGGAUAUCGACCAACUCCAGUCGGCCCUAACCUUGGUCGCCAGCUCCCAGUCGACUGAGAACGCCCGUAUCAACCAGGUCACUGCCGAGUUGAACGAGGCCCUGGCCCUCAAGGACCAAGAGGUCGUCGAGGUCCGUCAGAGUAUGACGGAAUUUGAAGACUCCCACAACCGUUUGGUCAGCUCCCUCCAGGCGACGUUAGCGACCAUCAACGAUGAGGCGGAUUCCGCCCGCAGGUCGAGAGAUGAGGCUGUCUCUGCGCUCGAGUCGUUGCGUGAGGAGCUUGAGGCGUUGAGACACAGUCUUCCGAUCAAUAACAAGCACAUGUCUUUGAGCCAGUGGUCGGCAGAGCAGCAGCAGUCGCAGCAGGACCAGUUGAAGGCUAUCCAGGAGCUCGAGGAUAAGCUGGAUGGUCAAGUUGAGGGCGUCAAGGAUAAUCAGCAACGCGCCGGGAUCCUGGAGGCCAACAGAAAGAGAAAGUCUCAGCAGUUGACUUUGGAUCUGGAGCACCAUUUGCAGCUCAGCAAUGCCUUGGUCCAACAAUCGAACGGUGCCAAGGAGGAUUCGUCGUCGACUGAGAAGAUUCAUGCCCCUGAUUUGCCAACAGAGGCAGCAGAAGGAUCAGAGUUGGCAAAAGAGAAGGAGGUCUUGUCCAAGGAGCUAGAGUCCCCCAUAGAGCCUGGUAGCGUCUCUGUCAGGACUAUGCUCAAGUUCCUGUCGCAGCUGCAAGGACGACCCUCCGACCUCAAGGAGAUCGCCACCCACCACAGCCGCGAGGACACCCAGAUGACUGUGACAGGAGAUAACGACGAUAUCGACUAUGAGGAGCAACUCCGCGUCUACCUCACACAGUUAAACGAUGUGACCUUGGUCGAGCCUUGGGCCAAAGAGAAGGAACUCGAGCACGAGAUCCAGCAGCUGGAGCAAAAGAUCCAGACACUCCUCGGUGAGUUGUCCACCGCCAACCAGAAGCAGACCGUUGCACAGGGUGCGCUCGAGAAGGCUCAGGCAUCGUUUGAAGCUCAGCUCCAGGAGGAGCGGGACCAACGCGACCACUUGGAGUUGCUCGAACGUGAGGAACGCGAGGAGACCGAGGCGAAAUUGGCCGAGGAACGCCGGAUCCGCGACAAGAAGGUCCUGGAGCAACAGCAGUCUAUUCAGACCAAGGAGCAGGAAUUGCACCUCAAGGAAUCGACCCUGCGCGAGAAGGAGCUGAGUCUUCAGAACAAGGAGCAGGAGUUGAUUGCCAUGGAGGGAGUUGAGCGUCAUAAGCGUGCCGAUUCCUUCCCUGUGACACCCCCCUUCUCGGCCCCCAUCACUCCCUUUGGAUCCCCCGGGAACGCCGAUCUCUUGCCUAACCUCUUGGUCGCCCAUCGCCGGUCUAUCAUCCUGGAGGAUGACGAAAAGGAUGAAGAGGACAAGGAGAAGGAGGAGGAAGAAAAGAGAGCCAAGGAAGAGGGAGCCGCCAUGGAACGCGAGCAGCAGGCCAAGCUGAUCAAGUCGUUGGAGGACAAGAUUGCCCAUCUCGAGAAGCGUGCCGAGGACCAGCAAGUCAUCCAGGCAUUGUCCUUCCCCUCCCCACCCAUGUCGGUCACUCCUCGCAUGUCGGCCACGUUGCGCUCAAGUCUGUUGAGCAACCCACCAGAUACCCCACCCCCUACCAUUGCUCUGCCCCCAAUCCCCACCGAUCAGGGUGAGCCUACCCACAGCCCACGGCUGUCACCCGCCAUCUCUGAGGAUGGAACCAGCCUCCACCAGCCUUUGCACCCCCGGAAGAAGUCGAUGAGUGGAGUGAUUCACUCGUUCUCGAGCGAAUCCCUGGCCAACAAGGCCACCGCCGCCGCCGCAACCGAAGCCGCUGUCGCUGCGGCUGUAGCCAAAUACCAAGAAGAACAAAAGGCCAUGUCCGAGAAGCUGGCCCAAUUCGAGGCCGAGUUGACAAAGACCCAAUCCAAGAACAAGCAGCUCGCGACCGACUUGGUGACGGUCCAGAACCAACAGCAGCAACAGGGCCAAACCCUGGAGGUUGAAGCCCGCAAGCUCAAGCAAGAGAACGCCGAGUUGAACCAGGUGCUGGAAGAGAUCCGCCAGAGCUUGGAUCAGGCCCAGAACCAGGCUCGUGGCUUGGAGGCUGCCAAGACGCAGUUGGAGGCCCAGGUGCAGAAGGAGAGACAGGCCAAGGACGAUGCCAACCGGAUGCGGGAUCGUUUGCAGACGCAGCUCGAGGAGGAGAUGCAGAAGAAGAAGGGCGGUUUCCUUUGCUUCUAA